AUGAAAAACAUAUAGAGAACGAAGAUCGAUGCGAUAUACGGAUACUAAGCCAACAAUACUGUGCUAGCCGUGUGCAUGUGCGCUAGCAUCAACAAUUACGUUUGGUUGUGUUGUGUUGUAACGGUACGGGACAGGCUGGCGUACCGUGUCUGGUACGAGUGCACACUCCUAGGAACUGACAUACUUCCUCAGUAGUUCCGAUUAUAGAAUAUGAUAGGGUUAAGCCGGCGUGGAGUUAAUGCAGGACCGUCAUUGAGUUUACCGUCUACACUGGAGGAUUCUACGAAUAAUUGGAAAGGAACACCUUCGGGUCCAACUGAUCCCUCGCAACAAGGUGCAGGUCCAGGAGGAGCUGGUGGCCCAGGUGGUCCUGGAGUCGCUGGAAAUGGUGGCCCGGGAGGUCCUGGGGGGCCUGGGGGGCAGGGACCCGGUGUAAACAGUUUUGGUGGUCCUGGUGGGGCAAACUUUGUUGGAGGUCCAGUAUUUCCGGCCGCAGGUCAAGGUUCGCCAGCCGGAGGAUCUGCUUCCAAUAGCUAUCAAAAUCUACCACCCGGAACUGGUUCGAACACACCGCAGUAUACAGCAUCACCUGCACCCUCUGGAUCAUCUACACCAGGGCCAGGUCCACCACAGAAUGUAGGAUCUGGGUUUCCUCCCCCUAACGCUGGUGGUCCUACAGGGCCGGGAGGUCCAUAUAAUGGUCCUGUUGGAGGUGGUCCCGUAGCCGUGGGUCCUUUUAGUUCUCCCUCUGCCAAUGGUCCCCAGUUUGGUCGACCAGGUAGUUCGGGUUCUGCCUUCGGAAGUGGGCCCCAUUUUACAUCACCUAGUGGGCCAGGUAAUUUCGGUGGACCCCAGUUCGGCAUACCUCCAGGUUCUCCUUUCGGUCAUGGGCCAAACGGAUCGAAUAUGGGUGGACCGAUGGGACAAGGCCACUUGAUGGGCGGCCCACAACCUGUGGAUCGUAUGGAUCAAAGUCAAUUGAACGUUCCCAGAAGGCAUGCAUAUUUCGGACAACCGGAUUAUAGAAUCUAUGAACUCAACAAGCGAUUACAGCAGCGAACUGAAGAAAGUGAUAACUGUUGGUGGGACUCGUUUGCAAAUGAAUUUUUCGAAGAUGACGCUACUUUAACAUUAACCUUUUGUUUGGAGGAUGGACCAAAAAGAUAUACUAUAGGACGCACACUGAUUCCACGGUAUUUUCGAAGUAUUUUUGAAGGCGGUGUGACAGAGCUGUACUUUAACUUGCGGCAUUCAAAAGAAUCGUUUCACAACACAUCAAUUACGCUCGAUUGUGAUCAAUGUACUAUGGAAACGAUCCACGGGAAGCCGAUGUACACUAAGGUUCUCACUGAAGGAAGACUUAUUUUGGAAUUUACGUUUGAUGAUCUAAUGCGGAUAAAAUCAUGGCACAUGGCAGUUCGAACCCAUCGAGAACUGAUACCACGAUCAGUGAUUGCACUCCAUAGUCCCCAACCUGAUCCGGCAAUGAUUGAACAACUGUCGAAGAACAUCACUAGACAAGGAAUCACCAAUUCAACAUUAAAUUAUCUGCGCUUAUGUGUGAUACUGGAGCCGAUGCAGGAGCUGAUGUCCAGACACAAAGCAUACGCACUGAGCCCGCGGGAUUGCUUGAAAACGACAUUGUUCCAAAAGUGGCAACGGAUGGUCGCACCGCCGGGUAAGAAAGGAGAUGCACAAAGGCCAGCAAACAAAAGACGGAAACGUAAGGGCUCCAGUUCAGGUGCGGGAGCAGGUAACACAGGUCCACAAGUUCCCAGCAAAAAACGUUCACCAGGUCCAAAUUUCUCGCUGGCGUCUCAGGUAGAUGUCAUGGUGGUUGGAGAACCAUCUCUAAUGGGCGGUGAAUUCGGCGAUGAGGAUGAAAGGUUGAUCACCAGGCUCGAAAAUACGCAAUACGACGCUGCCAACAAUCUCGAGCACGACGGUCACAAUGCCUUUGGCGGUGGUGGUGGCGGUGGCGGCGGACACAACGAUGGUGGCCCAAUGAGUGGCGGCCCAACGUCGUGGCAGGUUGAUAGAGGAGGUGGUGGUGCCGUAAAUAAUUCCGGUACUGGCGGCCAGGAUGGAGGAAAAAAGAGUCCGUCGGUGUCUCAGUGACAAAUGUAAAAUCCAAUGCAUCCUUCUCUAUUUAUAUCCGCACCGUACGGAUAAGAGAUAUUCAAAAGGUGCAUUGGCUUAUUAUUACAGAAAAUCAUCGCUAUUGUAACAGUA